AUGUCUGAUAAGUCAUCUACAGGCUCUCCGUACGCUUUCUACGCUUUCUACACGCUGUAUCAGAGCUUUCAUAAGUCUCUUCCCGAAGUGUCAUUUACAGAUGUUUGCCACAAGUUAUAUCCAUCUGAGGAAGUUGACACUACUUCAAGUACUUCUUUGUUUAUUACCUGGAAGAAAAAAUCUAGAGGUCGUGGUGGAAAUGGGGACAAUUAUGCCUUGAGGGGUUGUAUUGGAACAUUUGCUAAAUUACCAGUGGUAACUGGGAUUGAAAAAUACUCAUUGAUUGCUGCUUUCCAGGAUAGAAGGUUUCCACCUAUAACUGCAAGUGAAAUUAGCCAUUUGAAAUGCAGUUGUAAUAUUUUACAAAACUUUAAAACCAUAUACGAUGGUAAAGGGGAUAUAUAUGAUUGGGAAGUUGGGUUACAUGGGAUUGAGCUGGUCUUCAAACAUCCACAAACCGGAUCCACUUGUAGUGCAACCUUUUUACCUGAAGUAAUUCCUGAACAAGGUUGGGAUAAGAAAGAGACAUUUUUGAAUUUGAUUGAGAAGGCCGGAGUUUACGCAUACGCUAAGGAAGUCCUGGACGACUACCAAAAUCACUUUCUCAAAGUUAUCAGGUAUGAGGGUAAUAAGAGUUCGCUCUCGUACGCAGAAUUUGAAGAUCUAAUGGGAGAGCUCGAUGAAGUAUAA